AUGAUUGAAACAUGCCUGAAUCUCGGAUUCAACAUGCCUUUCCCUUCAACAACUAAUGUAAUGGAACCAGAAGCGAAGAGAGUUCGCUUCAAUGCAGCUCAGGACAGUGAUAGCAGUUCUUCAGAACAAUCGCCCAAACACGAUACAUCUCUCAACAAAUCUUUGAAUUCGAGUACAAAUGAAGGCUAUGAAAGACCUGGCCACCCAGAAAUUGUAUUCGAUGGGAAAUUCUCGAGUUUUGCGGAGUUCGAAGAAGUUUUUCAUAAAUGGAAAGUUGCUGGCAGUCAUCCAUUCAGAGUUGCAUCUUCCGAAACCCUCAAAGAACCAAAUGGCAACAUCAACAACGUUCACAAAUAUCGUUAUGUUGUCUAUCACUGUGCUCAUUACGGAAAUCCAAGAGUGCGAGGAACCGGCAAAAGACCUUGCAAAACCUAUUUGGCUUGUGGUUGCCAAGCAGUUCUUCGAUUGAAUUACAAGUUCAGUGAAAAAGCCUUACGUAUAACUACUUUGAAUAUCGAACACAAUCAUCCUACUAAUCCCGAACACUUUGCUAUAAGCCAGAAAACUGGUCGAUCUCCAGCCACGAAAGCUCGAAGAAUGAGCAUUGUCAAAACUGAAGUUCCAGCUUCACCUCUGUCUCAAUCAAGUAUUUCUCCGUCACCGUCUUCAACUGUCUCGGAAACAGCUCAAAGCAGCCCUACAAGUACAGUAUCUAAUACCACCAACAGUUGCAAUAGCACUACAAGUGCUACUGGGGUUCAGCCAACGGCUGCUCUCCCCCCUCUUACAGCUGCUCUUCUUUACCAACAACAGUUGAUCAACGUCCUCUUGGCUCAACAAAAUCUCCAAAAACAAAAAGAGAAUCUGGAACGGUUGUCCUUCGGGCAAAGAAAUGACGAUGGAAAAGCAGUUGGCUUCCCAAACAUGUUCGAUGUUUUUAGUCCACAGAUGGCUAUGCCAUCACCUGUCAUGAACAUGUCUCCGUUCAUGAACCAAACUAAUGUCAUUAAUAACGAAAACUACACCAAACACGAAGACACAAGUGAAGAGGUCGACGUUGUAUCAGAUAUGAAACCAAUCCCUGGACUUAUAACUCCUAAAGCUGUACGUCCGGCUGUCAACCAGUUUGCGUAUACUGCAGGUCAGGAGCCAAUGGUUCAACUCAAAUCAGCUUUGGACAAGGUGUUCGAGUUGAGCAGCAACACGUCUGGUGAAAAUUUGAAAACGAUGAUUCCAUUAUUGCAAGCUCUCCGUGAUCAAUGGAGAAACCCUCACGUGUAA